UCUGCUACUGCGUCUGUCCAGACAACUCUCUCUCUUUCUCUCUCUCUCGCCCUAUCACACACUCUCGGGAGCAGCGCUUUGACGCACCAAGCAGAGUUGGAUUGUAGUAUUGCGCGCUGGUCUUUCACGGGGCUUUUCCCUUCCUCACAUCGCCUACACCUUUGCCACUCACGGGCAGCUGAUAUAUGAUCGGAUUCAAUAUUUCUCCAUCACGUUGACCUCAACAGAGCUUUUGGGGAAACCGAACGCCGCCACUGCUUCCUCGCCGGACGCGUGUUGUGAAUUAAUAACCCAGACAGCCUCACCUGGAGUGUGUGUGCAUGCAGUGAAGUGUGUGUAAGAGAGUGUGUUUUUCUGGAGCAGGUCAAGGAUCGAGGUGUUCCACUGGCUUCGGUCCACACACGCAUAUUUACAUACACAAACACAACAGACCCCGGAGAGAUUUCGGCACUGCAUGCCGGGGACAUGUGGAAGUUUGCGCCGCUGUAGCGCAGCCAGAGAGCCGGUUCACCGUUUAUACGACCUCCCCUCUCUCUGCCAAGGGGGACCAAACUCCCGGUUCACAGCCUCUACACACUGAACCCCCUCUAAGAAGACCCAGAUGUAAAUCUAGAACGGAAAAUCUCCGAAACUCGCGCCUGCAAAGGGAGGACAGUGAAAAGGACGGCAUCCCAUUGCGUACAGAGUUUGGUGAGCUCUUUCAGGGAUUUCAGGGCUUGUAUUUUUUUUAACGCCCUUGUAUUUUCUCUGUAUUUUGUGGGUCUCAUAUUGGCCCGCACUUGCCGCCGUGAUGGUGGGACCUCCGAGCCCCUUUGUUUCUGGCCGCUCCCCGGCGACUGCACUGGGACUGCUGGUAGCUGUUCUGAUCCUGGUCCUGUCCAGCGGAGCAGACGGCCAACCCUGCCCGACCCAGUGCUCCUGCACCGGGACUACAGUGGACUGUCACGGCCAAGGGCUCCGCAGUGUGCCCAGGAACAUACCCCGCAACACGGAGAGACUGGAUCUGAAUGCAAACAACCUCACUAAAAUCACCAAGGCGGAUUUUGCAGGACUGAGGCACCUGCGAGUGUUGCAGCUGAUGGAGAACAAAAUCACCACGAUUGAGAGAGGAGCCUUUCAGGACCUGAAGGAGCUGGAGAGGCUGCGCCUGAAUCGGAAUAACCUGGCUGUCUUCCCCGAGCUGCUUUUCCUGGGAACGACAAAGCUUUACAGACUUGAUCUCAGUGAGAACCAGAUUCAGGGGGUUCCAAGGAAAGCCUUCAGGGGAGCUGUGGAGAUCAAGAACCUCCAGUUGGACUACAACCACAUCAACUGUAUUGAAGAUGGAGCUUUCCGAGCUUUACGUGACCUGGAAGUACUAACCCUCAACAACAACAACAUCUCCCGACUGUCCGUGGCCAGUUUCAACCACAUGCCGAAGCUCCGGACCUUUCGCCUGCACUCCAACAACCUGCAGUGUGACUGUCACGUGGCCUGGCUGUCAGAGUGGUUGCGACAGCGCCCCCGUCUGGGUCUUUACACUCAGUGCUUGGCCCCUCCGCACUUGAGGGGGCACAACGUGGCUGAGGUGCAGAAGAAGGAGUUUAUCUGCACAGGUCACCAGUCAUCAUCUUCCUCCUGCAGUGUGUUACAGUGCCCAGAGUCUUGCACCUGCAGUAACAAUAUUGUGGACUGCAGAGGGAAGGGACUUACAGAAAUACCCACCAACCUGCCUGAAACCAUUACUGAGAUACGACUGGAGCAGAACGCCAUCAAGGUGAUCCCAGCUGGGGCCUUUUCUCCUUAUAAGAAGCUGCGUAGGAUAGACUUGAGUAACAACCAGAUAUCUGAGCUGGCCUCAGAUGCCUUCCAAGGUCUGCGCUCCCUCAACUCUCUGGUGCUAUAUGGAAACAAGAUCACUGAGAUUUCCAAAGGACUCUUUGAGGGACUGUUUUCUCUGCAGCUAUUGUUACUGAACGCUAAUAAGAUAGCAUGUCUACGCGUGGAUGCAUUUCAGGACCUCCACAACCUCAAUCUACUCUCACUAUAUGACAACAAGCUUCAGACAAUCGCCAAGGGAACCUUCUCAUCACUAAGAGCUAUACAAACACUUCACUUAGCCCAAAACCCAUUUAUCUGUGACUGCCAUCUGAAGUGGCUGGCAGACUACCUGCAAGACAAUCCCAUCGAGACAAGUGGCGCCCGCUGCACCAGCCCCCGACGGCUCGCCAACAAACGAAUCGGACAAAUCAAGAGCAAGAAGUUCCGCUGUUCAGGUACUGAGGACUACCGCAGCAAGCUAGGAGGGGACUGCUUCGCUGACUUGGCCUGCCCCGAGAAGUGCCGCUGUGAGGGCACCACAGUUGACUGCUCCAACCAGAAACUCACCAAAAUACCAGAUCACAUUCCUCAAUACACUGCUGAAAUACGUCUGAACAACAAUGAAUUCACUGUGCUCGAGGCGACUGGAAUCUUCAAAAAGUUGCCUCAGCUGAGGAAGAUUAACCUGAGUAAUAACCGUAUCACUGACAUAGAGGAGGGGACAUUUGAAGGAGCCUCAGGGGUCAAUGAACUGAUUCUGACCUCCAACAGACUAGAGAACAUACACCACCGUAUGCUGAAGGGACUGAAUGGCCUCCGCACACUUAUGCUGAGGAGUAACCAUAUCAGCUGUGUGAGUAACAAUAGCUUUGUGGGGUUGAGUUCGGUGCGUCUCCUGUCGCUCUACGACAACCAGAUUACGUCGAUGAACCCCGGAGCCUUCGACACACUGCACUCCCUGUCCACCCUGAACCUUCUGGCCAAUCCCUUCAACUGCAACUGUCACCUGGCCUGGCUCGGCGAUUGGCUGAGGAGAAAACGCAUCGUCACCGGUAACCCUCGCUGCCAGAAUCCGUACUUCCUGAAGGAGAUCCCCAUCCAGGAUGUAGCUGUCCAGGAUUUUGCUUGUGAAGAUGGUAACAGUGAGAAUAGCUGCUCUCCUGUGCUGAGGUGUCCAGCAGAGUGUUCCUGCCUGGACACUGUGGUGCGCUGCAGCAACAAGGGUCUCACCGUGCUGCCCAAAGGCCUGGCCAAAGAGACCACUGAACUGUAUCUGGAUGGUAACCACUUCACUCAGGUUCCCGCGGAGCUCUCCAAUUACAAACACUUAACACUCAUUGAUUUGAGUAACAACCAGAUCAGCACGUUGUCCAACCACAGCCUCAGUAACAUGUCCGAACUGCUUACCCUAAUCCUGAGCUACAACCGCCUGCGGUGCAUACCAGCGAGGGCGUUCGAUGGACUCAAGUCUUUGCGUUUGCUCUCUCUCCAUGGUAACGACAUAUCACUGAUACCAGAGGGAGCCUUCAAAGAUCUGUCAUCACUUUCCCACCUGGCUCUGGGUGCCAACCCUCUGUACUGUGACUGCCACAUGCAGUGGCUGGCAGGCCGGGGAAAAAGGGGGUACAGGGGCGACAUGACUGACAAACUGCUGCUCACCACGCCUUCCAAGAAGUUUACCUGCACAGGCCCAGUGGAUGUGAGUGUUCAGGCUAAGUGUGAGCCCUGUCUGUCAAGCCCCUGCAAGAACGACGGCACCUGCUCCAAUGACCCUGUGCACUACUACCGCUGCACUUGCCCCUAUGGAUUUAAGGGCCAGAACUGUGAGGAGCCCAUUCACGCCUGCAUCAGUAACCCAUGCCAUAAUGGUGGAACUUGCCACCUGAAGGAAGGAGAGGGGAGCAACUUUUGGUGCGUGUGUCCAGAGGGCUUCGAAGGCGACGCGUGCGAGAUCAACAUUGAUGACUGUGAAGAUAACGACUGUGAGAACAACUCCACCUGCGUUGAUGGAAUCAACAACUACACGUGCAUGUGCUCACCAGAAUACACAGGGGAGUUAUGUGAAGAGAAACUGGAUUUCUGUGCUUCAGAGCUGAACCCAUGUCAGCACGGCUCAAAGUGCAUUUUGACGCCUCAGGGAUACAAGUGUGAGUGCACGCCAGGCUAUGUAGGUGAGCACUGUGAGCUGGACUAUAACGACUGUGAGGAGAGCAAGUGUCAGAACGGAGGCCAGUGCAUUGAUGCCGUCAAUGGCUACACCUGCGUCUGUCCAGAGGGAUACAGUGGGUUAUUCUGUGAGUUCUCUCCCCCGAUGGUCCUUCCCCGCACCAGUCCCUGUGACAACCACGAGUGCCUGAAUGGGGCACAGUGUGUUGUUGUGGGAACGGACCCCCGCUGCCAGUGUCUCCAUGGCUACGAGGGUGACCGCUGUGAGACACUUGUCAGUGUCAACUUUGUCAACCGCGAGUCCUACCUGCAGUUUCCCUCCAGUCUCCUGUCAUCACAGACAAACAUCAGUCUACAGAUUGCUACAGAUGAGGACAGUGGUGUGUUAUUGUAUAAAGGAGACAAUGAUCACAUUGCCAUGGAGCUGUACAGGGGACGCCUCAGGGUCAGCUAUGAUACUGGAUCCUACCCUCCUUCUGCGAUAUACAGUGUGGAGACAGUGAAUGAUGGCAGCUUCCAUGCUGUGGAGUUGGUAGCAUCAGACCAGACUCUGUCUCUGUCCAUUGAUGGCGGUCCUCCCAAGUCCAUCAACUCCAUCAGCAAGCAGUCCACACUCAAUAUCGACUCUCCACUUUACCUUGGAGGGAUGCCAGAGCGUGCCUCAGCCUCUGGGGGUCUGUCAGCCCUGCAACACAGCUCAGGUGGACGCAAUGGCACCAGCUUUCAUGGCUGCCUCCGUAAUCUGUACAUCAAUGGGAAGCUCCAGGACCUCGGGGCUGGGCUGAAGCCAGGGGCUCCAGGCUCUGAGAUGGCACAGAGCACCACCAGACAGUGGCUGGGCCAAGGGGUAGAACCAGGCUGCCCGCCCUGCCAGGCCUGCAUCCAGGGUGACUGCCACCCAACAGGGCAUCGUGGCUUCACCUGCACCUGCCACCCGGGCUGGACAGGAACACUGUGUGACCAGCAAGUCAGCAACCCCUGUGAUGGCAACAAGUGCAUCCAUGGUACCUGCCUGCCAAUCAACUCCUACUCUUACUCCUGUCGCUGCCAGCCUGGGUUUGCUGGCGUCCUCUGUGAUGAGCAGGACCAGGAUGAAGCUAACCCUUGUAGCCUGUCUCACUGUAAACAUGGCAAAUGCAGAGUGUCGGGCCUGGGCAAGGCAUACUGCGAGUGUAACAGUGGAUAUACAGGAGAGGCAUGCGACAGAGAGGUGGCCUGCCGAGGGGAACGGGUCCGAGAUGUCUACCAAAGACAGCAAGGCUACGCGGCGUGCCAAACCCAGGAAAAGGUCUCCCGUCUAGAGUGUCGAGGUAGCUGCACAGGGGGGACAGAAGGACAGGGGACCUGUUGCACCCCCCUCCGCAGCAAACGCCGGAAAUACACCUUUCAGUGCACUGACGGCUCUUCUUUUGUCCAGGAAGUGGAGAAAGUGGUCAAGUGUGGCUGUACAAAGUGUUCCUCAUAAAAAAGAAAAAAAAAAA